ACAAUAAAUGGCAUAUUGUGACAAAUGGCAAAACAAAACAAAUAACAACAACAAAUACAAAUAAUAAUAAUAACAAUAAAAGUUGUAAAAAAGACAUAUACAUUAAUAGUAAAACAACAACAAAGACUAUUAUACCCAAGCAAAAAACGUUAACACCCAAAAAAUUAGCGGUAAAUAAUCAUAAUAAUAACAAAAAUAAUCGUGUGGCAACACUGCAAACAAAACAAAAACACAAAGAGAAUAGCCAACAACAAUUACAAUUGAAGAAAACCACAAUAUGCUUAACGGCAGUUGGCAAUACCAAAGCAAUACAGCAGCAGCAACAACAAGCACGUAGACGGCGCUCGAAUCAACAAGAGAUACGUCAAAUUAAACGUGCUCACCGCCAUCUAUUGACGAGUGGAGGUUAUGAUAAACAACAGAAAACGCAACAACAACAAAAACAAACGAACUGUCAAAAUAACAGCUGCUCACCAACAUCAUCAUCGUCGUCUUCUUCUUCUUCGUCAACCUCCUCCUCUGCACUAAAGAAAACACAAAAAAAAUUAAAACUUAGCAGUGGCAAUAAUAAAAACUCUUUAGAAUUAAAUAAUAAUAAAAAUAAAAAAUUACAAAGUAAACAAAAGAAUAAAAAUUCAUCAUCAUCACCCUUAUCCUGCGUUAGUAAACAACAGCAACAACAAAAGAAAUUAAAAGGAAAAAAAUUUAAUGAUCAAGAGUCGAUAAUAUCAUCGCGUUGGUGUUCCAUAGAAGAACAACUAGAUUUAUUGGAUAAAUUAUUGUAUUAUUGUGAUGAAGAUGAGAAUGCAGCACUGAAAGAGUGGUACGAUUCUAUAAAUAAAGAAAACUAUUCUUCCGGUGGUGAAGCAGAAGAAGAACCCGACUCAUUAAGUGAUUGUGAUUGGAGUUGGAGUGACAUUAUGUCCUCCUCUUCCACAACAGCAGCAGUAGCAGCAACUCAAAAUGAGGAUGCUCAGUCUACCAUAAGCAACAGUAGCCUUACAUCAUCGGCCUCGUCGUGCAACUCAUCUCUGGUGCCGUCCUCUCUUAAACGACGUGGUCAUCAACAUCAUCCCCGCUUUUCGGGUACAAGACGACCCAAUGUACCGCCCAAUGUUCAGGAAAUCUUAGCAGCCUUAUACAAAAAAGAAGAAGAAACAGCAGAAUCAACACAAAAUGAUUCUAAUAGCAAUACACUGGAUACAGUUGCAAUGGACGAUUCCUAUACGCAUGAUUACAACGAUGAACCGGAAGAUGAUCCUAUAACAGCUCAACGUAUUAAAGCCUCAUUAAACUUGCCUUUAACCGAAUCGGUAACCACCUCUAUGGGUAGUAAUAGUCCCACGCCUACUGACGAUAGCAGUAUGCUGGACGAAGGAGUUAUAUCAGUAGCUCAAACACCUACCUCAGCUGCCAGUGGCCAGGCACCCAAAGAGAAAAAAUCCAAAUCAAAACGUGAUAAGUCUGAUAAAACAGAAUCAACAAACAAAGAACAAAAGAAAUCAAAAAAAUCCAAAAAAGAUAAAUCAAAACGUUCUUCCGCCUGUCUAGAGUCCACAGAGACUCUAAACGAUGCCGCCUCUGCUGCCACCGAUGAAGGCAUAGCCAUCGAUGAUGAUGAUGUGCAAUCGGCCGAAUGGGCUAAAUUGCGCUGUACUAGUGAGGCGGCCGAAAUUGUUGCUGAACGUGAGGCAAGACGUAAUAAAAAUCGUUGUGCUGAUUAUCCCGGUUUGGCUUUUGGUCGUUCGAUAUUUUCAUCGGAUACUAUGAUGAAAUUCAAUAUAAUACGCAAUGAACUACACAACAUCAUGAAUACACAAUUGAAAAGGGCUGAAUCUGAAGUUGCUGCUUUGAACCGUCGUAUUCAAUUGCUCGAAGAAGACUUGGAACGUUCAGAAGAACGUUUGGGUUCCGCCACAGCUAAGCUCUCUGAAGCUUCCCAAGCUGCUGAUGAAAGUGAACGUGCUCGCAAGAUCCUUGAGAACCGCGCCCUUGCCGAUGAAGAACGCAUGGACGCUCUUGAGAAUCAAUUGAAGGAAGCUCGUUUCCUUGCUGAGGAGGCUGACAAGAAAUACGAUGAGGUUGCCCGUAAAUUGGCCAUGGUUGAAGCUGAUUUGGAACGUGCUGAAGAACGUGCCGAACAAGGAGAAAACAAAAUUGUUGAACUUGAAGAAGAACUCCGCGUCGUUGGUAACAACUUGAAAUCCCUCGAAGUUUCUGAAGAAAAGGCUAACCAACGUGAAGAAGAAUACAAGAACCAAAUCAAGACCUUGAACACCCGUCUCAAGGAGGCUGAAGCUCGUGCUGAAUUCGCCGAACGUUCCGUUCAAAAAUUGCAAAAGGAAGUCGACAGGCUCGAAGAUGAAAUUAUAACGGAAAAAGAACAUUACGCCAUUAUAGGCGACAGUUUGGAUGCAACAUUUGUCGAAUUGAUGGGAAUGCCACCAUUCUAUACUGAUCGUAAUCCUAAACCACCAACACCAAAACUGCCAACACCAACAGCUGAAGAAGUGGCUGCUGCAGAAGCUGCUGCAGCUGAGGCUGUGGCAGCCGCGGAGGCUCAAGCUGCUGCCGAAGCAGCUGCAGCGGCUGGUGAGGGAGAUGCGGCGGCUACUGCAGAAGGAGCUGCUCCUGGCGCAGAGGGUGCACCAGCGGAAACUGCUGCACCACCACCCAAAGAACCAACUCCCCCACCACCACCUCCACCACCAUUUGAAUAUGCCAUUGAUUUACCACCAGAAGGUGCUGAAGUACCAUAUGUUAAGAAUUAUGAACCUGGUCAAGAGCCACCACCACCAGCUGAAGGUGCAGUCCCAGCCGAAGGAGCCCCUGCUGUUGAAGGUGCUCCUGCACCAGUCGAGGGAGCAGCACCUGCUGAGGGUGCUCCUGCAUCAGCCGAGGGAGCAGCACCAGCUGAAGGAGCACCUGCCCCAGCUCCAACUGAGGGUGCUGCUGCCUCAGCUCCAGCUGAAGGAGCGCCAGCACCAGCUGAAGGUGCUCCUGCCCCAGCACCUGCUGAAGCUGCUGCCCCCGCUCCACCAGCUGAAGGUGCAGCUCCUGCCCCAGCUGAAACUGCUCCACCUGCCGAAGCUCCACCAGCUUAAAAAGGCUGCCUUAAUUAUUAAUUAUUUUCAAACAAUCUCUUCACUCUCUUCAAAUGCUGUACAAUAAAGCUGUGAUUUUUUUGUUCUAAAUUA